UCCGACUUAAUUGACCAUGAAGACCUCCGAAGUUUUUCUAUCAUUGGAAGAUUAUUGCUUUCCUUUUUUAUUUUUUUAAAGAAAAAAGAAUGUAUUAUAAAUUUGAGGUGAGAAACGGUUGAAGAAGGUAAUCAAAGACGCAGAUGUGAGCCUUCGUUCCCUUUCGGUAGGAACAGAUGGACACGUGUCACUAACCCAACAUCGCAAUUCACAGUCUCUCCAUCUCCACCCCUCUUCCUUUCCCUUGUCUUCACUGUCUCUCUUUCUCUCCAGCCAAGCGGCAAAGGCCAAAGCCCCUUUCUUUUAUCACCACUUUUCCUCACUCUCUUCUCAAAUAAGACAAACCCAGGAAAAAAAAACGAAGAAAAAUAAACAUGGCGGAUAUACAGCCAUCAGACGGCCAAUUGAACGGCGUGGGAGCACCCCUUGUGGUGCUUUCGUCUGAGACCGUUGGAUCGAAACGCCAGAGACGUCCCAGCGUUCGAUUAGGCGACAUCGGCGGAGACCAACCCUACAAUUCUCAUAUCCGAAGACCCUCCUCCUCUUCCGCAGCCGCAUCCGCCGCCAGGCCAUGGAAACACCAACCCCACCUUUCCUUGAAUCACUCAGGCGCUGCUGCGAGUAGUAAAUCGUCAAAAACUCGCGCCCUAACCAAUCUCAGCACUGACUUCAACGCCAAUAACGAAGCCCUCGAUGAAGAGAGAGAAGCUAACAACAAUAACAGCAAUGUAGACGGUGUCGCAAUUGGUAGCUGGAAAGUCAAAGAUUUCAAGAAACGGGCCUCCGCCACGAAACGCGUCCGAUCCAAUUGGGUUUCCAAAAUCGACGAUUCCAGCGGCGGAAACAUCAACACCAACGGCAACAAUACCAACACUAACAACAAUAACAUGGAAACGGAGGAAAAUUUCAGUGGCGGCGAAGAUAACGAUGAUUUCGACAUGGAUAACUCCGAAAGUCCCAUGAAAGAGCACAGCCCAACUCAUUCUUUGGACAAUUUGGGUGUCGAUGGCAAUGAAAGAGAAGUUCUUUAUCAUGGGAAUAAUCAAAGGAGGCCAAUUCGGACACGGGUUUCGGAUGGGGUGGAGUUAUCUGGGCCAUCAGAUACCGACAUAAGGCGCUGUGAGGAAGAUGGGGUUAGGACAUGGUUGAACAGUUUGGGGUUAGGAAGAUACGCCCCUGUUUUCGAGAUCCAUGAAGUGGAUGAUGAGGUAUUGCCUCUGUUGACAUUGGAAGACUUGAAGGAUAUGGGAAUAAAUGCAGUUGGUUCCAGAAGGAAAAUGUUUUGUGCGAUUCAGAAGCUUGGUAAAGGCUUUUCAUGACAUAUUUCAUAAUGGUUUUAGGGUUCUUGAAAGGAGAGUUUUACAACCAUGGCAAUGAAAUUGUCCAUAAAUCUCCGUCUUGGUGAGGACAUUGUUAAAACUGGUUUCUGCACAGCGGUUUGGCUUGGCAAAGCAGUAUAACUCCAAUUCUACCCGAUUACUAUUGGGAACCAAUGAAUGGAGCACAUCUGAGUCUGGCCAAAACAUCAACCCUGCACUCAUCGAAACACAGGAGAGGCCACGCAUCUACAUUCCCUAAGUCCUAACAAAAUUUGCCUUUAUUCAUUUACAUCCGACGAAGUUAAGUUCCUUCUUGUAGUCAGCCUUCUGCAUGCAAUGAAAUUUGCUGUAAAUUUGUUGGUGGGUAAAAAAAAAUCAUCUUGCAGAUGAUGGCUGUUGUUAGUUUGUUUAAUGAAGCACUCUUAUUCCCUUCAGUUACACUCUCAUCGGUACUGCAUUUUAGACAAUAUCCUUGAUUUAGACAUUGUUAUGGUUCAGUUAACUUGAUUCGUAUUCGUGUCAGGAAAACGUUGUCAUGUAUCUUUUUCAGAUAUAUUGGAUGAUAGAACGAGUAAUGUAUGAUUAGUGGCAUGCCGUCUAAAAUGGAUGACCUGCAGAUGGGUGGGAAAAAGUCAGUGAUAGCCCCAAA